GCCACCAAGCCUCUAGCCCCGGCCCCGGGCAGGGAGGCCUUUUCCCGGUGGGUUGUGAGGGCGCAACAGAGGUGGGCUUUGAGAGGGAACCUUACCCUAUCGCCUCCCAUUCUCAGGGGUCAGGAACCACCUCCAGCCCCUCACUCAGCCGCCUUUGUGGAGACAGUCCUGGGUGCCGGUGUCCGCGCCGGGCGGGAAGCGGGCUGCUGUCCCGAGAGGCGGGAGUGGAGUGACUCCAGGAACUGGACGAGUGGGACUGGCCACAGUCAGGGGACAGUUUAGGGGUCUGGUGUUCACAUCCCUUCCCUGAGCUGCCCACGGGGUAAUGGCACUGCCAAGAAAGCCUAACAUGUUUGAUCUGGGCCUGGGCACGUGGAGCCUUAGCUCCCAGGAGGAGAGCCAGAGGGCGCAGGGACCCCCCAAGGGUGUCAGCAAGCAGCUGCCUGAGUACAAGGCGGUAGUGGUGGGCGCGAGUGGCGUGGGCAAGAGUGCGCUCACCAUCCAGCUGAACCACCAGUGCUUCGUGGAAGACCACGACCCCACGAUCCAGGAUUCCUACUGGAAGGAGGUGGCCCUGGGCCACGGGGGCUGCAUUCUGAAUGUCCUGGACACGGCAGGGCAGGCCACCCAUAGGGCCCUGCGUGACCAGUGUGUGGCGAUCGGGGAUGGUGUGCUGGGGGUCUUCGCCCUGGAUGACCCCUCAUCUUUAGCCCAGCUGCAGCAGAUGCGGGCCACCUGGGGCCCUCACCACACCCAGCCCCUGGUCCUUGUGGGCAACAAGUGUGACCUUGUGACCACCACCGGAGACGCUCGUGCGGCCGCUGCAGCCCUUGCGAAGAGCUGGGGAGCCCCCUUCGUGGAGACCUCAGCCAAGACGCGGCAAGGUGUAGAGGAGGCCUUCACCCUGCUCAUCCAUGAGAUCCAAAAGGUCCGGGAGGCCAUGGCAAAAGAGGCUGUGGCAGGGCCAGGUGGGGAGAAGGGCCGGCACGAGAAGGCCAUGUGCCGCUGCGGCUGCUCCGUGGCCUAAAGAUCUUGGUCAAGAAAAGCGGCCCUCCCCCAGGCCAGGGUGGUGGUUCCUAGACAUGCAACCUCAGAAGCAGCUAGCUGUGUGGGGACACUGUUGGUGUACUGGGGAUAGAUGAAUCCCUCUCUCGGGGAGUUUUUUCUUUGGUGAUGGGCAUCUGAUAAUGUAGGGCAUAGUACUGGUUACUGUUGAGCUAAGAGAUUUUGUGCAAAAAUAAAUGGUGUUCUCAGGUUUCAAAGCUG